CCGUGUUCGUGUGUGAGCUAGGGGAGAGAGAAGAGAAGCUCGCUUCCACGGUGCCUUCCGCUGCCGUCCGCCUCUCGUCUGCACAAUGGCCGCUCUCGCUCCUAUUAGGGCAGCCACAUUUGCCUCUCCGCGCGAGGAACGAUGAGGAAGAAAGGUCAGUGCGGUUGCCAAAGAACUUGUCCAAGGUUGUAGCCAGCGGUCGUGGAUUCCUAGGGUCUUUUAUAGGCCUGUUUCCAUAGCGACCACCCCAGUCCUCCUGAGGACAUUUCAUCGCCUUCCGCAGCAACAAGAAAGGAACCCGCCAACGCAAGCCGAAUGGACACCGAGUCCACCCACUCGGGCUACUCUAGCCGCUCGGGGAGGUCAAACCGGCAUGGCGAGCGAGGUCGCGAACGUCACAAGGCCAGUGGCAGUAAAGAUAGCAGUCGCUCAGAGAGAUCUGUCAUCAUUAAUCCCCCGGAGACGUCGUCCCAGGAUUCGCCUGUGCACAAUGGCGAGCCGCUGCCCGGAGAGGCCUCGCCGGGGGCCGAUCCGCCCGACGAAGCACAGGACGACAACUGGGGCGAAACCACUACGGCGGUGACGGGCACAUCGGAGCUGAGCAUUUCUCAGGAGGAAGUGGUGGGCUUGGGCAAGGGGCUCCAGGAUCGCGCCCGAGGCUUCCGCCGUUACCUGCCGCUAGCGGCGGGCCUGUGCGGGGGCGUGAUGGUUCUGGCCACCCCGCUGGUCUUCCUUCUCCUGCCUGUGGUUAUGUGGCCGGAAAGGCUGCAGCCUUGCGGCGCCGCCUGCGAGGGUCUCUUCCUGUCGCUCUCCUUCAAGCUGCUGAUGCUCCUAACGGCCAUCUGGGCGCUAUUCCUGCGGCCGGCCCGCGCCAGCCUGCCCAGGGUGUGCGCGUGCCGGGCCUUCCUCUCUACUCUAACGCUACUGCUGGCCAUGUCCUACUGGCUCUUCUACGGCGUCCGGAUCCUGGACGCGCAGGACGAGGACUACCACGGCGUGGUUCAGUUCGCCGUGUCACUGGUGGACUCGCAGCUCUUUGUCCACUACCUGGCGGUGGUGCUGCUUGAGCUGCGUCACUUGCGACCAUGCUACAACAUAUGCGUCAUUCGCUCCACUGACGGAGAGACGAGACACUACAACAUCGGACAGCUCAGCAUUCAGAACGCAGCUCUAACUGUCUUGGAGUAUUACUACCGAGAUUUCCCGCUGCACAACCCAGCGCUCCUGUCGGCCACCAAGCACCGCGCUGCCAAGCACCCGGCCGGAUUCAAAGUUUACAACGUCGACGCUCCGGGGAGCGUGGCAGGUGCACCAGCCGCCAACGGGAGCCAGUCCCAGGCCGCCGUCGCAGCCGCCCAAAAACGGAAAGACAGCGCCCACAACGAGCUGUACUACGAGGAGGCGGACUACGAAAGGCGAGUCCGUAAACGCAAAGCCAGAUUAGUGGUGGCAGUGGAAGAGGCUUUUACGCAUGUGCGUCGCAUGAAGAAGGAGGAUGAGCGUGCGUCCCCUUCGGACAUCAUGGACGUGCGUGAGGCCGCGCUAGCCGUUUUCCCCUCCAUGGCACGUGCCCUGCAGAAGUACCUCCGCACCACCAGGAGGCAGCAGUGCCACAGCAUGGAGAGUAUCCAGAAGCACUUGGCUUUCUGUCUCAUUAAUAACAUGAGCCCCAAGGCCUUCCUGGAGACAUACCUGUCCCCGGGCCCCACCCUGCAGUACGGCCCCGAGCGCUGGCUGGCCGACCAGUGGACACUCGUAAGCGAGGCGUCGGUCACCAGCGGCGUCAAGGAUGGCGCCGACUUUACGCUCCGCUGCCUUGAUUUUAACCUAGCCGUCACCGUCAAGAGCAUCCCGUACAUCCGGGUCAGCGAAUCCUACGUCGACCCCAAAUCGCACAAGUUUGUUCUUCUGCUCCAGUCGGAAACUUCAGUUUAACAACAUUUAGAUUUGUGGUUUUUGCUUACAGAAGAUGACCUGGAUAUCCUUUUUGGAUUAAAAAAAAAAGAAAGGACCCAUUAUUGUGUAUGCAUGUGGAACAGUAUGUGACUUUUUAAGAUGCACAAAUGCGUUUUGGAAAAGACGUUUGCCAUAAGCGUGGCCAGAAAAAUAACAAAAACUUGACUGCUAGUUUUGAAUUAGCCUACAAUGUACAGUAUUUAUAAGUCAAUGUGCAUUAUUCCCUGCAUAAUUUUUAUAUUAAAAUUGUGUAUUGCUUGGACUUUUAAUCUUUUGUUUUUUACUUUGUGCGAACAACAUUGUGGAUAUGACUUCAACCAUUGCCAUCAGCACAAAGUUGAUGUUUCAUUUUUCUGAGUGUAACGUAUAGGUCUUUUUUAAUAUCUUCAAAAGUAUUACAAAACUUCUCAAAAGCAUGAGACUUGGCAUAUUAUAUAUGAACAUUACGUGAUUACAGGGAGCAGUUUUAAAAACAAAAAAAGUUUAAAAAAUAUUGGGUGACAUAAGCUAUGGAUUUUAUUCACUUGUGUUGGGAUCUGAGUAGUAGUCAGGAUGAUUGUUUUACUACUGCCACCUAUUGAUCACUUGACUAACUGCACAUGUCAAAACUGCAUUUUAGAUUUAAUAUUGGCAUUUCAUAAUUAUGUACUGAUGUCACUGAUGUAGUUUAGAGUUUCAUAAUGUCUGUACAUACAUUGUCUUGACAUAUAAGUGUAUUUGUGUUUUUUGUACUACUGAACAUUUGGUCACAGGAGCUGUGUCCAAUUGGCAUUUGUUUAAAAAAAAAAAAAAAAAAAAAGUAAAUAAAAUGCAUUUGUACUGAAUUUUAAAUCAUUACAUUACCACUAACAAUUAUUUUGGUGGUCGAUCAAUCGUAGAUUAUUGUUGUUUCAGUUUUAUCUUAACAUCCUGUAUGUUUUGGAUCAUUUCAGGGUUAAUUCCUGUUGAUUUUUGGGGCGUUUUGGGUCACUUCCUGUUGAUUUUUGGGCGUUUAAAGGUCACUUCCUGUUGGUUUUGUGGCAUUUCCAGGUCACUUCCAGAUCAAUUUUUCGUGUAUUAUUGGGUAUUUUUAUUCCGGUUGAAUUUCCGGGCCACUUUCUGUUGAUAUUUGGUCACUUCCUCUUAAUUUGGGGGCAUUUUUGGAUCACUUCCUGUUCAAAUCAGGUCACUUCCUGUUGAUUUUUAGGCAUAUCUAUUUCCCUUGUGUAUUUUAGGGCAAUUCAAGGAUCAUAAGCCUAUAACACUAGCAACUAAAUUAAUCUAUUCACUCAUUAAUUUUCCAAGCUGCUUAUCCUCAAAAGAGUCGCAGGGGUGCUGGAGCCUAUCUCCGCUAACUAUUAGCUGUAAACCAUUUACUAAAUACGAGGAGACAAACAACAAUUCACGCACACACUCAAACCUCGGACGAUUUGGAAUGUUCAAACAGCCUACAGUGCAUUUUCAUCAUGGGAUGUGCGAUUACACGAGAGUACCCGGAGAAAACCCACCCAAGGCAUGGGGGAAUAGCGUACCGCACCAAUGCUAUUUUUAGACCAUGACGUCGCCAUCGUAACCCAGAAGUGGGUCAACAUUGACGCCCUCUUAUACAACUCAUGUUAUUAU